GUAUGACUUCAGCAGCACUCAUUCGAGACGCAUGCCAACCUGCGCUUCAGGGAUCACAGUCUGCAGCAUAAUGGAUGAACACUGAAGUGGACAGAACUUUUGGGGCUCUCCUCUCAUUUUUGCGCUCCAAGGGUAGCCUCACAACUCCGUCGCUCCAUCCUUGUAAUGUUUUUGGAUGGUACAGAAUGUGGACAAACCAAGAGAUGUGUCCCACGGUGAGCUAAGUGAGGGAAUUUGGAUUGUGGGGCUAAGAAUGUGGCGGGGACACUACGGGGCAACUGGGCUGCAAGUUUCCUAAGCGUGGAGGUUUGACGAGGGCGCAACAAGAGAUCAGUGUUAAUGCUGCGCGCUGGAACAGUCCAAUGCAUCAUUUUAACAGACAGUUCACCCCUUAAGGUCUUACCAUCGUGGGCUCUAAUCUAGUCACUAUCAAAGAGGAUAGUACAUCUUAUUAGGAUAAAGCCAUAGCCCACAAACAAAACCGCUGGACCCCAAUUAAACUGUUGCACCUUUUUCCCCGAUCAGUUGCCUGUUCCCCUAUCCUUUUCCCCUCAGUUUAGUAAUUCUGAUCCCCGAAGUGGCUCCGAAGUGGUGUUGCGGCUCCUCGUCCCCGGCGGAUCCGGAGAUUGGAGUCUCUGCAGCGGGAGGAGGCGGUGCUGGAGCGCCGGCCACACCGCAGGCUCCGAAGAGCGGCCGCGUCAAAAGGAUGGUGCGACUGGCGGCGGAACUGCUGCUGCUCCUGGGACUUCUUCUCCUUACCUUGCAUAUCACAGUGCUGCGGAGCAAUCCGCUGCCCCAGGGAAAUGUAACUCUGAACAUAGACCAGGACACUUUACUGUCAGAGAACAAUAUCAAUGCAAAAAGCAGCCCUUCCAGUGAACUGGCUCCUGAGGACCGGAGGACUGGUCCAGAGCAUCGGUUGGCCCACCGACCUGCCACCCUCCCCUGGGCACAAGGCACUGGCAGCAGCCUGCAGCGGGAUGGCCCAGGAGCUUUCCUCCUAGACCUGCACAAUUUCCCUGACCUCUCCAAAGCCGAUAUCAAUGGACAGAAUCCCAACAUACAGGUGACCAUUGAAGUGGUGGACGGACUAGAGGGUCCUGAGCCAGAGAAGGGUCUCCACAAGGAGAACAAACCCAGCUGGGCCUCUCCUAACUGGAGAAACUGGUGGCCUCACACUUCCUCCUCCUCAUCAUCCUCAUCCUCGUCCUCCUCCUCCUCCUCAGCCUCCACCCCUCAUCGAACAGAGGAGCAUGACCACUCAUAUGGCAACACGGAGGACAGUAACUUCCUCCGGCCGCUGGGAGACUGGGACAGGAGAGGAAGCACCGGGGGAGGAAGCAAAGCUCAGGCUGAAUACGACUAUAUUGAUGGAGAGGGGGAUUGGAGUAACUGGUCAGCGUGCAGUGUCACCUGUGGGAAUGGCAAUCAGAAGAGAACCAGGUCAUGUGGUUAUGCUUGUACAGCCACUGAGUCCCGUACCUGUGAUAUGCCCAACUGCCCAGGAAUUGAAGAUGCCUUCAAGACGGCAGCUACUGAAGUGAGCCUGUUGGCUGGAACAGAUGAGUUCAAUGCCACAGAGCUCUUUGGUGUUGACACAGACAGCUGUGAGAGAUGGAUGAACUGUAAGAGUGACUUCUUGAAGAAGUACAUGACCAAGGUGACCAACGACCUUCCCAGCUGCCCGUGCUCCUACCCCACCGAGGUGGCGUACAGCACAGCUGACGUACAUGACGCCACUACACGCCGAGAUUUCCGCUGGAAAGAUGCCAGUGGGCCAAAAGAGAAGCUGGAGAUCUACAAGCCCACAGCACGUUACUGCAUCCGCUCCAUGCUGACACUCGAGUCCACCACACUGGCGGCACAGCACUGCUGCUACGACGACAACAUGAAGCUCAUUACUCGCGGCAAGGGAGCUGGCACACCCAACCUCAUCAGCACAGAGUUCUCAGCUGACCUGCACUAUAAGGUGGACAUCUUACCCUGGAUCAUCUGCAAGGGGGACUGGAGCCGCUACAACCAGGCAAGGCCUCCAAACAACGGGCAGAAGUGCCCUGAAAACCCCCAGGAUGAGGACUACUACAAACAGUUUGAGGAAGCCAGAGAAUUCUAGCCCUCUCUGGGGUGAAGGGAACCAAAAACACUUCUUAAACACUCAUCUAAACCUCACAAAUGGUGCUGAGACCAUCUCCGUUUUAUUCAACUUUAGGUCAAAUAACACAGACGAACUGCAAGGCUCUGAGAAACAGGACUGACUGUUCCUCUGAGCCAACAUGAAGAGGAACGGAAAUCCAAUGGAUUCAGAUCUCUCACUUGGACACACAACAAACUUUUUUUUUUUUUUUUUUGUCUUCACCAAAACCAGAGACAAAGUGUUGUUUUGUUUAUUUUUAAUUUUCUAUAAAAUAUGCCUUGGAGAAAAAUGUAACAUAAAUAAUGUUUGUUUGUUUUUUUGCCAGUAAUUAUGUUGCCAAUUUUAAUUUUUUCAGUGUGGGUCAAUAAAGGGAAAUUUCAGUUUAUAUUCAUAAAAGGGAAAAUUGCUGUUGUAAGGCUGUCCGUUUAGAUUACAUCUAUGUUUGUCUCCGUAGAUUGUUUAUGUUUGAAUUUGAGAGGCCAGUGAGGAUAGGCAGAAGAAGAUCGCCCAGGAAUGCAUUGGGGGUGGGGGGUGGGGAGCCUGCAGAGGACUGGGGUCAAAGUUUGUCCCAUCUCCCCUGUUUGGUCGACUGUAAUAUCCAGGUUGUCAUGUAUGCUUGUAAGUAUGUUUAUUUAGCAUGCACAUUUUUUUUUUUUUAAUUUUAACAAAUAAUUUACAACCAUGUUCUUUGUCUCUCUGACACAGAUCAGCCUCUUCAUUGUAAAAAGCCUGCAUUAUUUUUGUAAAGUAUUUAUUAAGUUGUAGCUGUGGCUGAGUUGGGUGUCCAUGAUUGUGGUUUCUGGUUCACGUGUGGCUGAAUGCUAACUUGAGAUAACCUGUCUUACUCUUCAGUUCACCAUCAGCGUGAGGAUCCCUAUCUCAAGUUAGGAUUACGCCUUCAUAGAUUAUAAAGAAUGUGUGAAUACA